GGGAACUUCUCGAAAAUGGUCCUUGCAUCAAGCCCGGGUUUACAGCGGUUCGAAGGAACAUUUUCUCCACGUCAGCUCGCAUAUAAUGUCUAAAUGCCGUGUAUGUUUCAGUUUUGGGCUAUAUAAUGCCUUAAAUAGCCUAAAAUACACCAAUCUACUACUAGGAUUCAAAAUUAAUUAUAGCCUUCCCGUACCUAUCCCACCCUGGCGUCUCAAUUCGCUUCUGGACUCAGGCUUGCUGCAAAAACACGUUAUUCAGGUUCAGAAGCUGUAGAAUAAUGAUAAUAAAAGUUUCCUAUUGAUAAUCUAGAAACAGUUAUCUUAACAAAACAACCGCACAAUUUCAAGUAUUGGCACAUAAACACUAAUAGAAUACAUCGUUGUCAAUGCUCGUCACGUUAGCGUCAUGCGAACGAAUAGUCCAUUUAGAAAUAAAGAGGCUGAGCGGCAAACUUGUAAUACAAACAGUCAUUGGCUAGUUAACAUCAAGUCGAAAAUAAAUCAGAGAAAUUAUAAUCCGAAACCAUUUAAAAAUGGAUACGGGAAGGCAUGCCCCAUAGCGAAAUUUUCUCAGCAAGCCUACAACUUCAAAAUUCCCAGCUACGCCCCUGUACACGUUAUAGAUAAUAUUACAACUGUGUCCCAUAUAACAGACAUUUUAUUAUGUGCUAUACAUGUAUCGUUAUCGCAUUAUAUUUCGGUAAACAAGUGUCAUAUAAGGUUUUUAUGAAUGAAACAAAAUUUAAAAGUAUGUUCUGGAUAGUGUCUUUAUUGAAAUCAGACAUAUACAACACUUCGGAAAAUGAAUUACACAGUUAUCGCAAUAAUCAUCUUGUCUGUGGCCAUUUUAUACUUCCGAAUGUUUAACAACAGCCUAUUUUCUGACCAUAGAGUGCUAGUCUCUGACGCCAUUGAUGACGAAUAUGAUUACGUCAUUGUUGGUGGGGGAACAGCCGGAUCAGUCGUAGCAGCACGACUUGCAGAAGACAAGACAAGCAGAGUUCUUUUACUAGAGGCUGGUGGUUUUUACGACGAAAGCUGGAAGUUUCAUAUCUUGACGCUCUGGCCAGAACUUCAAAGAACACAAUAUGACUGGGAAUAUUACACAGAACCUCAAAAGUAUUCACACUUCGGAUUGAAAGGAAAUCGGGCAUACUGGCCACGUGGUCGGGUUCUUGGAGGUUCAGGUAUGAUAAAUGUUGCACAAUACACACGUGGUAGUCGUUACGACUUUGACGAAUGGGCUGUAAAUGGUUGUGAAGGUUGGAGUUACAAGGAUGUUCUUCCGUACUUUCUGAAAGCGGAAGAUAUUCAGAUUGAAGAGUUGAAAUCCUCAACAUAUCAUAACAUUGGUGGCCCAAUGGCGGUAUCUGGGGGUAGUGUGACUCAGCUUUCAGACAUGUAUAUGAAAGCUGGCCAAGAGCUUGGAUAUAACAUCACAGAUUACAACGGAGGUGAACAGGUAGGGUUCAGCAAAAUUCAGCUUAAUACCCGAAAAGGUGUGAGGGAAUCUUCAGCUGCCGCUUACCUAGGACGCCCGGGUAAAAAGGAUAACCUCGAUAUUGCAAUAAACUCAUUUGUAACAAAGGUUGGUUUUAAAGGGAAUACAGCUGCUGGUGUUUACUAUAUCCGUAACAAUAGAAAAUAUUUUGUCAAGGCCAGGAAGGAAGUGAUAGUGUCUGCAGGGUCGAUAAAUUCACCACAAUUACUUAUGCUUUCGGGUAUAGGACCAAAAGAACAUCUUCAAGAAAUGAAUAUCCCCGUAGUUGCAGACCUGCCCGUUGGGGAUAAUCUUCAAGAUCACCAAAUAUAUGCGCUUUUGUCUAAAAUAAAUAAGUCAAUAGGUUUAACACCGUCACUGUUGACAAACUUUUGGACGUUCAUGCAGUAUCAGAUAUUUGGCACUGGUCCACUUACCAGUCCCGGUACCGAAGCUGCGGCUUUCAUUAACACUAACGAUACUAGACAAUGUAACACGUAUCCUGAUCUUCAAAUUGCAAUGUUCAGUGUGAUAUUCAACCUAAGUCAUUUAUAUUUGAAAAAUGAAAUCAAAGAAGAAUAUAAAGCUUGGGGUGAGAACGUUGAUGGAAUUUCGUUUUCCGUGAUAAAUACUCAUCCGAAAAGUCGCGGAACUCUGAGACUUCGUAGUAAUGACCCUUUCGAUUAUCCUGUUUUAGAUCCUCGUUAUCUACAAGAACAAAAGGAUGUAGAUGACUUAAUAGCUGGAAUAAGAAUAUGGGAAAAGUUCAUUGAGACACCUACAAUGAAAGAACUUGGCUGCAGUGCCGAUGGUAUGAGGAAAUCGUAUUGUAUGCAACAUAAGUUCCGGUCCGAUGCUUACUGGGAAUGUAUGAUACGGCAUUUAGCAGUGACAUCGUAUCAUAUCUGUUGCACGUGUAAAAUGGGUGCUUUAGACGAUCCCACUGCCGUUUUAGAUCCGUCUUUACGUGUAAAGGGAAUAAAAGGACUGCGUGUCGUUGACUUAUCAGCGUUUCCUAAUGUGACUGUCGGAAAUACUAACGCCCCAACAGUUAUGUUGGCAGAAAAGGCAGCAGACAUGAUUCGUGGAAUAGACUCAGUUAAAUACUUGAGACAGAAACUACCAGACGAUGUUUAGUUGCACUAAUGAUUAUUUCUUACGGUCGGAACGCCAUUGAAUAUGAUAUUCUGGAAUAUAAUGUAUGUAAAAUGAUAAAAAUAACAAAGAUAAUAGUUGUAAGUUUAACGUGAAUAACGACGAUUGAGUGAUUGAAAAAAAAUAUUGGUAUUUGUGAACGUGUGGCCGAACCAGAUAGCUUCUGAUGUAAAACGUUGAAAGUUGAA